UUCUUGAAAAUCAUAAAUUAUAUUGGAGAACAAAAACAAAUGGAGAAAAAAGCUAACAAUAGGGUUCAUGUAUUGGUCAUUCCUUAUCCAAGCCAAGGCCAUAUUAACCCAAUGCUUCAAUUCUCCAAACGCUUAUCCUCCAAAGGACUCAAAGCAACCUUUGCCACCACUGUCUUCAUCUCAGAAACCAUGAAACCCGAAGUACUCAACUCCGACAUCGAUUUCGACACGAUAUCAGACGGUUGUGAUAAAGGCGGAUUCUUUGAAGUCGGGAGUGUUGACGAUUACCUUGUACGAUUACAAGCUGUUGGGUCAAAAACCUUGACCGAACUUAUCAUAAAGCAUAAGAACUCACCCCGUCCUAUUGAUUGCAUACUCUAUGAUGCUUUCCUUCCAUGGGUUCUUGAUGUUGCCCAACAAUUUGGUCUUGUUGGAAUUGCUUUUUUCACGCAGGCGUGCGCUGUGAAUUACAUAUAUUAUUAUGCUCAUAAUGGGCUUUUGAGUCUUCCGAUUUCAUCGUCAAUGACGCCAAUUGGCAUUCCCGGGUUGCCGUUGCUUGAUCUUCGAGACAUGCCGUCAUUUAUCUAUGUUGCGGGUUCGUAUCCAUCUUAUUUCGAGUUGGUGUUGAAUCAAUUCUCUAAUACAGACAAAGCUGAUUUCAUUGUAGUUAAUACCUUCUACAAGUUGGAACAAGAGGUUGUUGAUUCGAUGUCGAAGGUGAUGACGCAACCAUUGUUAACGAUAGGCCCAACAAUCCCAUCCAUGUAUUUAGAUAAAAGACUUGAAAACGACAAAGAUUACGACCUCAAUCUCUUUAAACUAGACUCUACCAGUACAUGUUGGCUAACCACCAAGCCACCAUGCUCGGUCGUUUACGUCUCAUUUGGAAGCAUGGCUAACCUAACCAUCGACCAAAUGAAGGAACUUGCACGGGGUUUAAAGCAAACUGGGUUUCAUUUCUUGUGGGUGGUUCGGCCUUCCGAGUUACCGAAAGUCCCACACUGUUUCAUUGAGGAAAUGGGUGAUAAAGCAUUGAUAGUUACUUGGAUACCACAAACCGAGGUACUUGCGAAUGAGGCCAUAGGGUGUUUUUUCACGCAUUGUGGGUGGAACUCCACGAUUGAGGCCUUGUGUUUGGGGGUACCGAUGGUGGCGAUGCCGCAGUGGACCGACCAAACCACGGAUGCUAAGCUAGUUGAGGAUGUUUGGAAAGUUGGGGUUCGAGUUAAUGUCAGGGAGGAUGGGAUUGUGAGUGGAGAUGAAAUAGAGAGGUGUAUUAGACAAGUUAUGGAAGGGGAACAAGGGAUUGAAAUGAAAAGAAAUGCUAUGAAAUGGAAGGAAUUGGCUGUGGAAGCAGUGUGUGAAGGUGGAAGUUCGGACAAGAAUAUUGAUGAAUUGGUCUCUAAAAUAUUGGCAAGAUGUAAAUAGGGUUAGUGUUCUUAGUAAACAAAAUAUUUAAAAUCACAAAUCCGAGACUUAGUUCAAUUGAUUUAUGCAAUAAUACACAUUAUAUGUUAUUAGAAAAUAGGUAAAAGCUACGAGUGAUUCAAUUAUGAUCAAAACACAAAUUUUACUCAAAA